CAAAAAUUUCAAAACAGUGAAAGAGAUAAUAAUGAAGAAUAUAAUUCUUCUGAUAAUGAAGAUUUAGAUAUGGGAUUCGAACAGGAAGAUGAAUAUUUUAAUAAAGAAGAAAGUUUAUUUCAAACUCUAGUUGACAAUAUAAAAAUUUUAUACCAUCUAAGCGAUCACUUACGUAUCAUGAAAAUUCUGUCAGAACUAAAGAAGAAAGAAGAAAAAAAUAAUAAUGAAAGAGAUGAAAUAAAUGAUAGUGAAAGAGAAGAAGAAAAUGAUGAUGAAGGAGAAGAAAGAAAUGAUGAUAGAGAAGCAAGGAAUGAUAAUGAAGGAGAAGAAGAAAAUGAUGAUAAAAAAAUAGAAAAUCGGGCUAUACCUAUUUUUGAAAAAACACAUCCAGGUGCAAUUGCUAUAUUUGUCUUUGAUAAUUCUUCAAGUCAUAGAAAAUAUGCUGACAAUACAUUAAAUGCAUAUCACAUGAACUUGAAUUCAGGUGGGAAACAAGCUAAAUUACGUGAUACGAUCUUUAAUGGACAAAUUCAAUAUAUGAAUUUUCUGGAUAAUUAUCAUAACAAAGAUUUAUGUGGAAAACUAAAAGGAAUGAGAAUUAUUUUAGAAGAAAGAGGUUUAUGA